CCCUGCUCCGCCCCCGGGGAGAGGUCCAGAUCCAAAGCAGCGGCGGCCGCGGAGCGGCUGGAGGGCGCGAGGAGGAGCGCGCGACCGAGCCCGGCGCAGCAUGACUGCCAUCGCCGUGCAGGCCCAGAGGCUGCUGGCCCAGAGGAGGCCCCAGCGGCCCUUCUUGGAAUCCUUCAUCCGGGUCCUCAUCAUUGUCUGCGCUGCCCUGGCCUUGGUCCUCUCCUCUGUCUCCAUCUGCGAUGGCCACUGGCUCUUGGAUGGAGACCGCCUCUUCGGGCUCUGGCACUUCUGCACUUCCUCCAACCAGACGGGGACACACUGUCUCAGAGACCUGAGUAGGGCACAUGUGCCUGGGCUGGCCGUGGGCAUGGUCCUGGCCCGCAGUGUGGGCGCCUUGGCCGUGGUGGCUGCCAUUUUGGGCCUAGAGCUCCUCAUGGUGUCCCAGGUGUGUGAAGACCUCCACUCACGGCGCAAGUGGGCCAUGGGCUCUGUCGUCCUCCUCAUCUCCUUCAUCCUCUCCUCUGGAGGCCUCCUGAGUUUCGUGAUCCUCCUCUGGAACCAUGUCACGCUCACUGGCUUCACCCUGAUGUUCUGGUGCGAGUUCACGGCCUCCUUCCUCUUCUUUCUGAAUGCCAUGAGUGGUCUGCACUUAAGCAGCAUCACCCACCCCUGGGGCCAACCAAGGAAAUUUUAGGCCCCCCUCCUAAAUCCGAGGACUUUGGUUUCUGCAAGAAAGUGUGGUCAAGAUGGGACUUUCCCAACAGGAGACCUCCGGUGGGGGUGGGGGGAGCGGCGGGAGGGUGGGGCAAUGACCUUGAAACUGCUGUCUCUCAGCCAAUAACCUUUCGGAUGGUUGGCCAGAAUCAGCCUAGCAGCCUUUGCAGCUGGCCUGCGGGGGCCAAAGGCCAGGAUUGUGCUUCCGUGCCCCCAACUGCCCAGGCAUAGCUAAGUUAGUAGGAUGUUGGUUUUAGAAAAAGUAACACGUUUUAAAAAAACCCUUUUCUUGAAUCCUUCUUCCCAGGAUGGGAAUAGAUUUGCAAGCAGCAUGGGAACCGGUACCUGGGCUGGCUGCAGAGCUAAGUGCGGCACCUACUUGUUUUGUUGACUCUGUGCCAGGAUACGGGCUCUGGGGUCUCCUGGGGUUGCCCAGAGUGGAUCAUUCCUCCAGCAAAGUGUAUCUAGGCGGUUCCUCAGACUUUCUUCACCAGCUCAAAGGGCCUUAUGGGAACAUUUCCCUGCUGUAGCUUGGUCAUGGCAGGGACGCAGAAUUCAAGAUUCCCUCGAUUUCUUGCAUAUGCUGGGUUUUCAAACCAUUUGAUGCGAUUUGAACCCUGCCCUUCUGGUUGGGGUGGGGGGGGGUGCAUAAUCCUUGAACAACUGGAGCUUCCAGCUGCCAGCUAUCCCGUCUGGGAAUCCUUCCCGAACCCUUCCAGCAAGCUUCCCAGGACAGCCCUCUAGCCUUCCAGUACUUCCAUAGCCUCCUCCAAGGCAAGGGUGUGUGCGUGUCUGGCUUUGAUAAGGGCCAAGACGGCAUCAGGUGCCAUUUUUUAUUCCAGAGCACAUUUCCAAAGAGCACAUAUCUGGGCCUGUCAAACUCCGGGGGGCGGGGGUCAAGGGGCCUUGGCAGGCCUUGAGUAAUGAUUAACAGCCGUCCUGGGGAUGAGUGAGGGUGAAGGGGACCAGGGACCAGGGACCAGUGGAGAUUUCCAUCCUCACCCUCAGAUGUGCAUUUCUGGGUAACCAGAUGCCCCCUUUCCUGUGUCUUUUUUUCUGCCUCCAGAGCUGGGGUUUCUGCCUUCAGCCAUUUCAUUCCACACUAGUGCCUUCCCUCUGCACCGGAUCUGCUCUGGUGGCUACUCCUACCAUGGAUUUUUGGUCUCUGCCCUGCCUUGAUCACUGCAGGCUCCCCUUCCUCAGCUGGUGCUCCUGUCUGUCUCUUGUGGGUUUUUAAAAAACUUUGAUUCCUAAAUAUAUAUGGAGUCCAUGGAGGUCACCGUAGAAAGGUGUCACGGGCCAACCUGUUUUUCAGAGAGUGGAACUCAUCAACCAGACGGGCUGGGUUCUCUGCCCUGGGAAAUAAGCACCUGACUUUUUUCCUUCCAGGAGUGUUCACCAAGCGCAAAGGGGUGAACUUCUUGUCUCUGUGGUGGGGAGGUGCAGAGAUGGGAAGCCAAGGCCCUAAGUGGGACGGCACUUGUCCAUGGUCACCCGCCAGCAAGAUGCCUUCUCUAUGUUGAGGCUUCUGUC